AUGAUCGACUUGGAACUGCUUAAAGACUCGGUCAUGCUUCUGCUGUGUGUGUCGAAUGUGCUUGGAAUGUUAGGCUUCUACAUUCCGUUCGUAUUCUUGAAGGAUCUGGCCCAUAGCCAUGGCAUUGAGCCUGUUGACAGCCGUUAUCUCGUACCAGUUAUCGGUGUCACUAACACAGUUGGAAGGGUGUUCUUCGGUUGGCUGGCUGAUCGAGGAUAUGUGUCUGCGCUAGCCAUCAAUAAUUUUUCUUUGAUAGCAUGUGGAGCGCUCACACUUGGAGCUCCUCUUCUUCCGUCUUUUGCUCUGUUAGUGACGUAUGCCGCCCUUUUCGGCUUUAUCAUUUCCGCUUAUGUAUGCCUAACAUCCAUUGUGCUCUCUGACUUGCUUGGCCUCGAGAAACUUACAAACUCCUUCGGUCUCCUUGUCGUUGCAAGAGGGAUCGCUUCGCUGGCCGGUUCUCCAUUUGCUGGUCUGGUGUAUGACGUCACUCAAUCUUAUUCGGCAACAUUCUUCUUUGCUGGUUUUGUGAUUGUCGUGUCUGGAGUAAUCUCAUGCGCCAUUCCAUUCGUACACAAGUGGAAGAGGAGUCACGGCGAUAAUGAAGGUGAUGAUCCGAAGGACAUGGACAAUAUGUCUGGCAAGCUUUCCGUCUUGACGGAGCGCUCUGAAGAGAAUCUGACCGAGUACCAAAGGACUAUCCAGAGUCUUCGCCAACAACACGCUUUACUUCAAGAAAUCGAAGAGGAAAAGCGGCGACUCAAAGAAGUCGAGAAAAAGAACGGCACAGUUGAAGAGGUGAAUGAGGAAGACGCCGAUGAUGAACAACAGAAAAAAGAAAGUAAUGGCGUCGAUGACGUAGCAAAAUGA